AUGAAGCUCGAAGUCGCAACACUGGCCUUCGCCAGCCUCGUCCUACCAGCUACCUGCGAAUCAACCCCCUCCUUCCCAAAAGAGCAAAGGCUAGCCCGCCAAGAUAACACGGAGUCUCUACCAAUCUACAAGAACUCAUCCUACUGCGUCGACGCACGCGUCCAAGACCUUAUCCAACGGAUGACAGUUGAAGAGAAAGCCGGCCAGCUCUUUCAAACUCAACUCUACCAAGGUCCCAAUGGCACUCUCGACCCUGGCAACGUCACGGCCCGCCGCAACAGCACCGAUAACAUGAUUGGCGAGAAGUUCAUGACGCACUUCAACCUUGUCGGCGACAUCACGGACGCGAAGCAGGUUGCAGAAUUUGUCAACCUCGUUCAGCAGCGUGCUCUGGAUACGCGUCUGGGUAUCCCCGUGACCCUUUCUACCGACCCUCGGCACCACUUCACAGAGAAUAUUGGCACUGGUUUCCAGGCUGGUGUCUUCUCACAAUGGCCAGAGACACUCGGUCUUGCCGCUCUGAGGGAUCCCGAGCUCGUUCGAAAGUUUGCCGAGGUCGCUCGAGAGGAGUACAUUGCUGUCGGCAUCCGAGCUGCCCUGCAUCCGCAAGUCGACCUUGCUACCGAGCCACGAUGGGCACGCCUGGGCAAUACCUGGGGCGAAAACGCGACCUUGACAAGCGAGCUCAUUGUCGAGUACAUCAAAGGCUUCCAAGGAAGGGAGAUCGGUCCUCACAGCGUGACGACUGUGACAAAGCACUUCCCUGGCGGUGGUCCGAUGGAAAACGGUGAAGACUCUCACUUCACAUACGGCAAGAAUCAGACAUACCCCGGAAACAACUUCGAGUACCAUCUCACCCCCUUCAGGGCGGCAAUUGCAGCCGGCGCGAGGCAGAUGAUGCCGUACUACUCCCGUCCGAUAGGCCUGUCUGAUAACUUAACCGAUUACGAGCCAGUCGGCUUCUCCUUCAACAAGCAAAUCGUCACGGACCUACUCAGAAACCAACUCGGCUUCGAAGGUAUCGUCGUCACUGACUGGGGUCUAAUCACUGAUACGGUGAUCCGCGGCCAAGACAUGCCGGCACGCGCAUGGGGCCUCGAAAACACGACCGAGCUUCAGCGCGCAGCUCGGAUCCUCGAUGCUGGGUGUGACCAGUUUGGUGGUGAGCAGCGUACCGAGCUCAUAAUCCAGCUGGUAGACGAAGGCAUCGUGUCCGAAGACCGCCUUGACGUCUCCGUCAGACGUCUCCUUCGCGAAAAGUUUCUCCUCGGGCUCUUCGACAACCCCUUCGUCGAUCCCGAGGCCGCAACGAGAGUUGUUGGCAACGACUACUUCCUCCGGCUGGGCAAUGAUGCCCAGCGCAGAGCCUAUACUCUUCUCACGAACAAGGAUGAGCUCCUCCCUCUAAAACACAUCAGCGCAGAAACCAAGUUUUACAUCGAGGGUUUCAACGCCACGUUCCUCGAGGCACGCAACCUCUCGGUCGUUGAGACACCGGAAGAGGCGGACUACGCCCUGCUCCGCCUCGAUGCACCCUACGAGCCUCGUCCAGGCGGCUUCGAAGCAGCUUACCAUGCCGGCUCGCUCGAGUACUCGGACGAGGAGAAGGCGCGCCAGGCCGCGAUCUAUGCGGCCGUGCCCACCGUCGUCGACGUGAUCCUAGACCGUCCUGCUGCGAUACCCGAGGUGUUCGACGCCGCUUCUGCGGUGUUGGGCAGCUACGGGAGCGGUAGCGAAGCUUUCUUGGAUGUGAUCUUCGGAUUGAGCAACCCCGAGGGCAAGUUGCCUUUUGAUCUCCCACGAUCACAGCAAGCCGUGGAAGAAGCGAUGGAGGAUGUGCCGUAUGAUACGGUGGAUCCUGUAUUCAGGUUUGGCCAUGGGCUGCGCUAUGCCGAUAAGUGUUCGUUGUGA